AUGAAGCACUGGUUUGAAUGCCAAUUGAACAAGCACAAGCCAUGGAUUGAGACUUCAUAUCACGGAGUCAUAACAGAGAACAACGACACAGUCAUUUUGGACCCACCGUUGGUCGCCCUGGAUAAAGAUGCACCAGUUCCUUUUGCAGGAGAAAUCUGUGCAUUCAAGAUACAUGGCCAGGAGUUGCCCUUUGAGGCCGUGGUGCUCAACAAGACGUCCGGAGAAGGCCGGCUCCGUGCCAAGAGCCCCAUCGACUGUGAGCUGCAGAAGGAGUACACGUUCAUCAUCCAGGCCUAUGACUGUGGCACAGGGCCCCGGGAGACAGCCUGGAAGAAGUCUCACAAGGCCGUGGUCCAUAUCCAGGUGAAGGACGUCAAUGAGUUUGCUCCCACCUUCAAAGAGCCAGCCUACAAGGCUAUUGUGACGGAGGGCAAGAUCUAUGACAGCAUCCUGCAAGUGGAGGCCAUCGAUGAAGACUGCUCCCCCCAGUACAGCCAGAUUUGCAACUAUGAAAUUGUCACAACUGAUGUGCCUUUUGCCAUCGACAGGAAUGGCAACGUCAGAAACACGGAGAAGCUGAGCUAUGACAAGCAGCACCAGUAUGAGAUCCUAGUAACUGCCUACGACUGUGGACAGAAGCCCGCAGCACAGGACACCCUGGUGCAGGUGGACGUGAAGCCAGUUUGCAAGCCUGGCUGGCAAGACUGGACCAAGAGGAUUGAGUACCAGCCUGGCUCAGGGAGCGUGCCCUUAUUCCCCAGCAUCCACCUGGAGACGUGUGAUGGGGCCGUGUCCUCCAUCCAGAUCACCACAGAGCUGCAGACCAACUACAUUGGGAAGGGCUGUGACCGGGAGACCUACUCUGAGAAGUCCCUUCAGAAAUUAUGUGGAGCCUCCUCUGGCAUCAUUGACCUCUUGCCAUCCCCCAGUGCUGCCACCAACUGGACCACAGGACUGCUGGUGGACAGCAGUGAAAUGAUCUUCAAGUUCGAUGGCAGGCAGGGUGCCAAGGUCCCUGACGGAGUUGUGCCCAAGAACCUGACCGACCAGUUCACCAUCACCAUGUGGAUGAAGCACGGCCCCAGCCCUGGCGUGAGAGCAGAGAAGGAAACCAUCCUCUGCAACUCAGAUAAAACCGAGAUGAACCGGCAUCACUACGCGCUGUACGUGCACAACUGUCGCCUUGUCUUCCUCUUGCGCAAGGACUUUGACCAGGCAGAUACCUUCCGCCCCGCGGAGUUCCACUGGAAGCUGGACCAGAUUUGUGACAAAGAAUGGCAUUACUAUGUCAUCAAUGUGGAGUUUCCUGUGGUCACCUUAUACAUGGAUGGAGCAACGUAUGAACCAUACCUGGUGACUAACGAUUGGCCCAUUCAUCCAUCUCACAUUGCCAUGCAACUGACAGUCGGCGCUUGUUGGCAAGGAGGAGAAGUCACCAAGCCACGCUUUGCUCAAUUCUUCCACGGCAGCCUGGCCAGUCUCACCAUCCGCCCUGGCAAAAUGGAUAGUCAGAAGGUGAUUUCCUGCCUGCAGGCCUGCAAGGAGGGGCUGGAUAUUAAUUCCCUGGAAAGCCUGGGCCAAGGAAUAAAGUAUCAUUUCAACCCCUCGCAGUCUGUCCUGGUGAUGGAAGGUGAUGACAUCGGAAAUAUCAACCGUGCCCUCCAGAAGGUCUCCUACAUCAACUCCAGGCAGUUCCCAACUGCGGGUGUGCGGCGCCUGAAAGUCUCUUCCAAAGUCCAGUGCUUUGGAGAAGAUGUGUGUAUCAGCAUCCCCGACAUGGACGCCUACGUGAUGGUGCUGCAGGCAGUUGAGCCCCAGAUCACCCUCCACGGCACAGACCGCUUCUGGAGACCCGCUGCCCAGUUUGAAAGUACCAGAGGGGUGAUCCUCUUCCCUGAUAUCAAGAUUGUGAGCACCUUCGCCAAAGCUGAGGCUCCCAGUGACUUGAAGACCACAGCCCCCAAAUCAGCAGUUUUAGAAGAAAUGCUUCACAACUUAGAUUUCUGUGACAUUUUAGUGCUGGGAGGGGACUUGGACCCCAGACAGGAGUGCUUGGAGCUCAACCACAGUGAGCUCCACCAGCGACACCUGGACGCCACCAACUCCACAGCAGGUUACUCCAUCUACGGUGUAGGCUCCAUGAGCCGCUACGAGCAGGUGCUGCGUCACAUCCGUUACCGCAACUGGCGUCCAGCCUCCCUGGAGUCCCGGCGCUUCAGGAUCAAGUGCUCAGAACUCAACGGGCGCUACACUAGCAAUGAGUUCAACCUGGAGGUCAAUGUCCUCCAUGAGGUCAGAGUCUCGGACAUUGAGCACGUCAACCACCUUAUCGCGCAGCCGCCCUUCCUCCAGUCCGUCCACCACCCGGAGUCCCAGACUAGCAUCCAGCACAGUUCAGUGGUCCCGAGCAUUGCCACAGUGGUCAUCAUCAUCUCCGUGUGCAUGCUAGUGUUUGUCGUGGCCAUGGGCGUGUACCGGAUCCGGAUCGCCCACCAGCACUUCAUCCAGGAGACUGAGGCUGCCAAGGAAGCAGAGAUGGACUGGGAUGAUUCUGCACUCACUAUAACAGUCAACCCCAUGGAGAAACACGGAGCCCCAGGGCGUGGGGAAGAGGAGACCGAGGAAGAGGAGGAGGAGGAAGAAGCGGAGGAAGACCUUAGCUCCAGCAGCAGCGAGUCGGAGGGCAGUGACGAGGAGGAGGAGGAAGGGUCGGGCAGGGGCAGACACGGGCAGAGUGGAGCCAAGAAAGCCCAGCUGGAGUGGGACGACUCCACCCUCCCCUACUAG